AAAAUGGGUUCUAUGGGUACUCAAAAACUUAAAACCCAACACAUCUUCAAUAAACCUUGUAACAUGUAACUUUAUGCAAUCCCUUGCAGUUUUUGCAUGCAGUAUAAAUGUGUUUUCGCCUAUUCUAAAAUUCUAUUCCAUAUACAGUAUUUCUGUUAUAGGUAAAUGGUAUUCAGAUUAUUGUAUGAUAGCUUGAGUGAUUCUAUUUGUCUUUACUGUAUAAACACAAUUGUUUUUUGUCUUUUUGUCCUAGAGUCUCUAAAUGGCUUCACUCCAAGAAUGAACAUUUCUCAUGUGCAGAAUGGAGUGUACCGCACUAUUGGACAUAUGAUGUCUACCAUCAUCGUCCAGGGUGGUGAACCUCCAGCCCUCCUUUCUCCUCUGGUAGUGGACUACCUUCUGACAGGACGCGUCUUUCAGUUGAAUGUCACUCCAGAUGAUGUAGCUGACAUGGAACUUAGAGAAGCCCUGAAGAAGGUUGAUCAAGCAUUAACCACCGAUGAGCUGGAGCAAGCAGUGGAAUGCUGUGACUCAUGGAGAUACCAAAUCGAAGGUCUUCCGAACCCAGUCAGCAUGGACAACAAAGAUGCAUUUGUGCAGAAUGCAAUACUUUUCCAUGUCCUCAUUCAACGACAGAGCUGCUAUGAUCAGUUAGUUGAGGGUUUGAAGUACUAUGAGGUUCUGCCACUCCUGAAAGAAAGGCCUUGCCUUAGGGUCCUUCUUGAUAUGCCCAAAGAACCCAGUGAUGUCACAGCACAUGUUGUGGUUACCCUCCUGAAACCUAACUACUCUGUUCUGGGAAGUAACAGAAGACCAAGAGAGGAGUUAAUGGUGGUUAAGUUCAGAGAGUUUCUUGACUGUGUGCAAGAGAAAGAGCUUGGGGAACAUCUUAAUACCAGAAACCUCACUGAGGCAGAAAAGGCGUUUAUGCUGACAUUGAAUCCUGGACACAUCCUAGCCUUUGCAACGGGAAGCAGCAAAGUUCCUGCAAUUGGAUUUUUUCCCAGUCCAAAACUGACUUUUGUUCAUGAUGACACGAAGCACCUCCCCAUUGCUCACACAUGCUCAAAUGAGCUUCAGAUCUUUAACAGAAAGAAUCUGGCAGAUGACAGUGAAUUUGAUUACAAUUUUCUGGUAGCUCUCAUGAAUGAAUCAACUUUUAGUGCAGUGUAGUCUACAAAAAAACAAUGCUUGGAUUGUACAUUUUAUUUGGAGCCCAGUGCUUUUAAUGGAUGGACAUCAGGUUUACAAGCUGAGCAUCUGGUGUAGCAUGACUUGUUAAAACUGUUAAAACUUUGUUUUGCCUAAAGUCUGAUCUGAACUACAGUCAGUCAGCAUGCUAUAAUCUCCUGUAAAAACAUUAUUAAUGUCUUCUCAGUAGUGUAAAAUGACUAAUUCCUUUACCAACUUUAUUUCUUUCAAUGCAUUUACAAGAAAAAAAAAAAGAUUUUAUAGGAGCUCUGUUUCCUUCAGAGGAAUUUUCACCGUUCACAUUGCUGAUGGCUGAACUGAAGAGGUUCAUAACAGUUUCAGCCUGAUUGUUGUUGAGAAACGUUAACAUUCUACUGUAACCAUCCAUUGCGCCAUGUACAACUAGUUUCCAUCUUAUCGGUUUAUGAUUUCUGUCUAUGUGCCACAUAUAGUUUGGACAAGGCACAGUGCAUACUCGUGUUUGUAUUAUAAAUUUUUUGCUUGAGGUUGCACUCUUGUCAGAUUUCAUCAUGUCCAGUUGUCAGUAUUAUGCAUUUUUGCAGUAUUGCUGUAAGGUGUAACCAGGUGUGUUCUUGUCUGAUUAAUAUUCAUUGUUCAUUUUAGUUGUAUCAGACAGACUUUUCAUUCCAUUUAAUUAUUUAAAUGCAGUAUUUCAAUUAAGUGGCCAGUUCUAUAGACCAUUCCAGAAACUCUGAAUAAGCUGUGUACGACUUCAGUAAUGAACAUCCUGCAUUGUCAUUUUGUUUUGGUGAACAGAUACCUUGAGAAUGUGAAGUGAGAGUAUUUGCAGACCAUCAGUAUAGUGUAAUUUGUUAUUGGUGGCUAGCUGCAUACCUCAAAACGGAUUUCAUGACUUUACUAUUUGCCUUUUAGCUUGUUUCAGCAGUAAUAUGCACAGACAUGCAAAUGUUUCAUUUGAUUUGUUUGCAAUUUGAUUAAA